CGACGUUCAAUUUUCUCUGACUUCUCCCUUGCAACCCAUGACAAGUUGAAGUCGCUGUAUGUCGCGGGCCAACAGUACUCACGACAAUGCUGCUGCAGGAGCCGAGGAGCCGGGAAUCAUGACAGAGGUAAUUCGGGCUAUGAGCAGUGAGCUCAGAAGGGCUCGUACGGAGCAGGAUCGACUACAUGCCGAGAACGAGCGACUGCAGCAAGAGCUCGACGGCGCGUGUCUAACGCUGCGAGCGCUCAGGGAAGGUGAAGACGAGAAGUCACCGACGGUGGAUCAUACUCGCUAUUCGAAGCUAUACGAAGAGGCACGCCAAGAGAUUGACAGGCUCACUCAAGAGAGAGAUGGGGAAAGAUCCCAUCAUGAAGUAGCUAUGGAGGAAAUACAAGGGAAGCCUCAGGAAUUGAGCCGAAUUCGGAAUGCAACUGCGAAUGCAUUUGCAGAGUUGUCGGAAGUCAGAGCGCCAUCGUCUCGAAAACGAAAAGAAAGGACAGAGGACGACCACACCCCGAUCAUUACGCAGGAGGCGAAGGCAAAACGUAGGCAAACCUUAGAGUCUCAACCCGAUCUGCCGGCUUCUGAGGCUGGUCCCGCGGUGCAUACUCAGGCACUCACUAUCCAAGAUACACACGCAAACCUCAGUAAAGAUACACUGGACGUCCGAAGCUUCCUCGAUGUGAAUCAGGGUGAGAUAUUGAAAGAGCCAUCCUUACGACAUUGCCAAUGGCUCUCUGGGCACGAGAAGUGGACAGACUUCAAGGCCAAGCUGGCUUCAGCACGCCUCGACCUCCAGACGAUCUAUUGUCCGCCCGAGAGCAUCAUCUGGUCUCCGCGGUCAACCAUGCGUUGUUUAUUUAUCCACCCCUUACAUUGCUACGUCUCAGAGACCAGAAGCUACCGGCCGUUUGACUACAAAGCAUUCUUGGGAUCAGGUCAAACUCGAGACGUAUGUUUGCUUCAAAAGCUUGAAGAUGGAGAUGCCACCGGCUGCUACUGUGGCACCUUUAGAUGCGUAGGCGCGUCGAAUCUGUCUUUUCAUGAUGUAUGCCAGCUUGGACUAUCCGGCCAGGUAACUACGAGUGUGAUCUCGGAACUAUACCUAGCUGACAUCAUAUCCAGAACGUUUUGCUCUCUUAUUUGGUUCGCACAGUUAUCGUGUUGGGAACCUUCGUCCCGCCCGAAAGCGGUGCAUCCAAAUCACAAGUCCUCAGACAACUGCUCCGUGAUGGAAGCCUGCUUCUACGCUGCCACAAGCUGGAAUUCAUAGGACGGAACGAUGAGCUCAGCAGAUUGUUCAUCGAAUGUGGAGGUAGCAAAUCGGGGCAGAUGUAAAUCAUUGCUGCUGAAGAGGG